CGGGCCAGUCAGGGGGCGGGGCGGGGCGAGGCUCCUGCAUCCCUCUGCCCGAGAGUGCUGCUGUUGCACCUGAAUCGGUGGCUGCCUCGCAGAGCGGCAGCUGGUGCUGUUACGCCACCAUGGCUGGGUCUGACAAGCGCCGCCAUCCUCCGAUUGCAGCUGGAUGCUGGUGCCUCCCUAUUGGGAUCGGGCGGAGGCGCCUGCCGCUGCUCUUGCUUUCUCUGUUGUUGUUGCUGCCGCUGCUUUGGGCAGACGUUGCUGCCAAAGGAGAGGACCUACACGCCUGCAAAGAGUCUGAAUACCACUAUGAAUACACAGCAUGUGACAGCCUAGGCUCCAGAUGGAGAGUAGCUGUGCCACACACUCCAGGACUCUGCACCGGCUUGCCAGACCCCAUCAAAGGCACAGAAUGCUCAUUUUCCUGCAGGGCAGGUGAGUUCUUGGACAUGAAAGAUCAGUCCUGCAAACCCUGUGCAGUGGGCACGUAUUCUCUGGGCACCGGUGUCAGGUUCGAUGAAUGGGAUGAGCUGCCCCAUGGCUUUGCCAGCAUAGCAACCAACGUUGAAAUCGAUUAUAGCUUCACAGAGUCCUCCGAAAACUGCACUAUGUCAACGUGGGUUCCUAGGGGAGAGUACAUUGCUUCCAACACAGAUGAGUGCACAGCCACUCUGAUGUAUGCUGUUAAUCUCAAGCAAUCUGGCACUGUCUCCUUUGAGUACAUCUACCCAGACAGCAGCAUCGUCUUUGAGUUCUUUGUUCAGAAUGACCAGUGCCAGCCAACAGUAGAAGAAUCACGGUGGAUGAGAACAACAGAGAAAGGAUGGGAGAUGCACAGUGUGGAGCUGAGUCGUGGCAACAAUGUCCUAUACUGGAGAACUACAGCUUUCUCUGUAUGGUCCAAAACUCCUAAGCCUGUGUUGGUGAGGAACAUUGGGAUUACAGGAGUGGCCUACACCUCUGAAUGCUUUCCUUGUAAGGCAGGCACAUACACAUCCAAAAUGGGUUCUUCCUUCUGCCAGCAGUGCCCAGCAAACUCCUUCUCCACCAAGGGAUCGACUUCCUGCCACCAGUGUGAGCCAAUGCAGUACUCAGAACCAGGUUCUGCAACUUGCAAGACUCGCCCAGCCUGUACAGAUAAGGAUUUCUUUUAUACUCACACAGCUUGUGAUACAAAUGGAGAGACGCAGCUAAUGUAUAAAUGGGCUGAGCCAAAGAUUUGCAGUGAGGAUCUCCCCAAUGCUGUAAAAUUGCCUCCCUCAGGCAUAAAAAAGAUGUGCCCACCAUGCAAUCCUGGGUUUUUCAAGACAAACAGCAGUGCCUGUGAGCCUUGUCCAUAUGGAUCAUACUCGAAUGGGUCUGGCUGCAUCAACUGCCCUGUUGGGACCGAGCCAGCAUUAGGCUUUGAAUACAAAUGGUGGAACACGCUGCCAACUAACAUGGAGACAACCGUCCUCAGUGGAAUCAGUUUUGAAUAUAAGGGAAUGGCAGGAUGGGAAGUGGCUGGUGAUUACAUCUAUACUGCAGCAGGAGCCUCUGACAAUGACUUCAUGAUUUUGACAUUGGUAGUUCCUGGAUUCAGCCCCACACAAUCUGUGAUGGAUGACUAUGAAAAUAAAGAGAUAGCAAGAAUUACGUUUGUCUUUGAAACUAUCUGCAGUGUAAACUGUGAGCUUUAUUUCAUGGUGGGUAUGAAUUCCAGAACCAACACACCUGUGGAGAACUGGACGGGCUCAAAGGGAAAGCGGUCCUACACAUAUAUUAUUGACAAGAAUGCCACCAUGAGCUUCACAUGGGCCUUCCAAAGAACAGUAUACCAUGAAGCGGGAAGAAAAUACACAAAUGACGUUGCCAAGCUGUACUCUAUCAAUGUGACCAAUGUCAUAGAUGGUGUGGCUUCCUAUUGCCGGCUGUGUGCUCUAGAAUCUUCUGGCUCAUCCUGUACUUCCUGCCCACUUGGGCAUUACAUUGACAAAGACUCCGGUGGCUGCUAUCCAUGUGCAUCAUAUACUUAUCUGAAAGUUCACCAGCCCUAUGGCAAACAGGCCUGCAUCCCUUGUGGCCCUGGGACAAAAAAUAACAAGAUCCAUUCUCUGUGUUACAAUGACUGUAAGUUCUCUAUCACCUCAGAGGGAAGAACUCUGAAGUAUGACUUCUCAGCACUGUCCAAUAGCACAUCCUUUUUAGGAGGGCCAAGCUUUACCUCAAAAGGCUUCAAGUAUUUCCAUCACUUCAACAUCAGUCUCUGUGGAAAUCACGGAAGGAAGACAGCUAUCUGCACAGAUAAUGUCACAGACAUUCGGAUCCUGAAUAAGGAGACAGAGUUUUCCAAGUCAACUUCUUCUUAUGUAUGCCAGUCUAUCAUCAUCCCCUCUGAUGUGAUGGGUUACAAAACAGUGGUGUCCUCACAGCCUGUCAGCCUAGCAGACCGCUUUGUAGGAGUAACAACAGAGUCCACUCUGGACAACAUCACCUCUCUUGCUGACCUUUUCUCUGCUGAAAAUGUGGGCUUGCCAGAUGUUAUAUUCUUUUACAGGUCAAAUGAUGUGACCCAGACUUGUAAUGUUGGGAGAGCCACUGCCAUCCGAGUGAGAUGUGAUCCCCUAAAGUCCCAGUCUUCAGCUCUCUCUGUGCCAAGCAAGUGCCCUGAAGGAACCUGUGAUGGAUGCACAUUCCAUUUCCUGUGGGAGACAGCUGAAGCCUGCCCGCUCUGUUCCGUAGAUGACUACCAUGCCAUCAUCAGUGCCUGUGUUGGAGGAAUUCAGAGAACCACAUAUGUGUGGCGGGAGCCAAAGCUGUGUGCAGGAGGCACUCCACUCCCAGACCAAAAUGUCAGCAUCUGUAAAACCAUGGACUUUUGGCUCAAAGUGGGCAUCUCAGCUGGGACCUGUGCUGCUGUCCUGCUGACUGUUAUGACUUGCUACUUCUGGAAGAAAAAUCAGAAGUUAGAAUAUAAAUAUUCCAAGCUGGUGAUGAAUGCCAGUGCUAAGGACAGUGAGCUGCCAGCUGCUGACAGUUGUGCCAUUAUGGAGGGGGAAGAUGCAGAAGAUGACCUAAUAUUCACAAGCAAGAAUUCUUUCUUUGGCAAAAUAAAGGCCUUCACUUCAAAGGCUUCUCUUAGCUUCAGUCAGGCUUGGCAAGACUCUGUGUGUAGGGCUGUUCUCAAUAAACUAAGAGGAGGAGUCUUCCAGAGAACAUCUGAUGGUUUUGACUCUGUCCCACUGAAGACCUCCUCUGGCACCACCGACAUGGAUCUUUAGGAGCGGAUUGCCCCAUGCCUUUCCUGCAGGAUGCUUGGGAGUUCUCCUUGGUUAAUACCUGCACUUUGAUGAACUUGCCAUGUGGCCUUAUUGGAUACACUUUUAACUUCAGCUUCUUAUUGUACUUUUUUAAGCCUAAAAAUUUAACAUUCCCUCCAAAAACAAAACCAUGCCAAAUACAAGUGUGCUUUUUAAAUUA